AUGUCUAUAUAUGGAGGUAGCCUAGCGGACUUAUUCGAGACCGAAACAAGAUCACUGAUAUGGCCUAUUUUUGCGCUUUCGCCGCUUCUAGGCCCGAUAGUCGCACCUAUCGCGGGUGGAUGGAUUACGCAAAACAUGGGCUGGUCUUGGGACGACUGGAUCACUCUUUUCAUCGCUACGCCACCCUUCGUCUUGGCAUUAUUCUUCCUUCCUGAGACUUAUGCGCCCCUACUUUUCAGAUGGAAGACCGCUCCUCGAACACAGGACACAAGACAGGGAAAUGACGUCACAUCGCCAAAAGACGACUCCUCUAGCCUGUCCGACGAGCUUGUGUCUAACCUUGGGCGCAUCGUGUAUUUUAUUACUCGCGAAUUGACGACAGUGCUAUUCGGCCUCUACCUGACUUUCUUGUACCUCAUGGUCUUCGGCUUUCUGGAGGGCUUUGAUUUCAUUUUCACAGACACCUAUCGAUUCGACAUUGGACAACGUUACACCGGUUUCACUGCCGUUGCUAUAGGAAUUCUUAUCGCUUUGCCCUACAUGUAUGCGGUACCUUAUCUUGUCGCAGUCUAUGCACAAAAACCUGCUGGGCAUCCGGAGCAGAGACUAGUUCCAAGCCUACUUGCCUCACCUUUGCUAUCAGCUUCGCUUUUCUGGAUUGGGUGGACUGACCAAACCGGUGUGAGCUAUUACUCCGUGCUAGGAGGCUGCUGUCUUUUCGGAUUUGCAUUGAUGGUGCUCUUCACAUCCACGUAUCACUACCUACUGGAUUCAUACGGGACCAGUGCGUCGAGUGCUCUGUCAGCGAUAACCUUCAUGCGAUACCUUGCGAGUGGCGGCAUGGUCAUCGCCACGGAACCGAUUUAUCGGGCGCUGACAGUGAAGUGGACACUGACACUGCUUGGUAGUAUCGCGGCGGGGUUAGCUCCUAUACCUUGGAUCUUUUGGUGGUUCGGGAGCCGCAUAAGAGACCGGAGUCGCUAUGCCGAGCACGAUGAAGCGGCUGAAUGA